CCUAGGUGAGCUGACCGGCACCGUACAUCGUGGCACCAACCUCGCCUAAGCAUCGGGCAAGCACAGCGCAGAUUGAGUGAACGGCACUCAUAUAGAUUGCUUGGGACACUGAAGAUUUAACCGCCAGGUUUCCAUCAGAUAGGCAGACACGAGGCAGACGCAGACUGCCUUAAGUUAGCGCCUGCGCCCUGUGUCAGAGCCCGUGGCCGGCCUGUUGCGCCGGCCAUCGAGCUGCAUUUCUUACCCGCAGCGACUCUUCUCGUUCGCAUCUCUGAAGAUGCUACCUUUCUAUGCAUCACAGAAUGCCGUCCACAAGUGCGCUAUCCGGAAUUCCGGAACUGUCGCUCUCAGCAGCCGCCAACAGCGACUACAGGCUUGUAGGAGAGGGUGCUGCCAACGCCGUCUUCGAGGUUGUGGUGCCACCCAGCGACAGGAUAUGCCGCGAGAUCUUUCAAGGAAGAUUACUCCGCGUGCCGAAAGCAGGGACCUCGGCUCAUAGCUGUUUUGAGAUCCAGGAGUACUGGGAAACCGCUGUGCGGCCGCUAUUUGAGCCUGAGGACCUAGUACAGCAUCAGCUUAUCAAGCUCGGGCAAGACGCUGUAACUUCGCAGCUGAAUUCCGCCCUUGCCCGGGCAGACCACUUCCGGAGAGCCGACUUCAGGGGAAGCAGAGUAGCGGCCACCGAGUACGGCAUGCUUGUGGAGGACAUGCGUCCAAGUAUGGCCACCUAUCCUUCCUCACUUGCCUCUGUCUAACAUCCGCAGAACACCCCGAUGACCUGGUCCUGGAAUUCAAGCCAAAAUGGCUCGCCCAAUCCCCCGGCGCGCCCACUUCGGCAACACGCUGCCGGACCUGCGCCCGCGA